AUGAAUAUCCCUGAAUGGGAGAAAUCACUAACAGAAGCGAACUUAAGAAACGAGUACCAAGAUGUACUCGACGGCUUCAAGUUUGGCUUUGACCAAGGCAUCCCGCAUCACUCAGUCGGUCAAGUCCAAUGGGGCGGUAGUGAACGAGACGGCUCGGUCAGGCCGAUAAACGACCUAAGCUACCCGAAAAACCGCAAAAAUCAGCCAUCAGUAAACUCCUUUGUGAACAAAGAUGACUUUACGACGACCUGGGACGACUUCAACAAGGUCUCACGGUUUUUUAGGAACUUAGACGAACCGGUACAGCUGGCGUUAUUUGACUGGGAAAAAGCGUACCGACAGAUCCCGACAGCCAUGGACCAAUGGCAAUACCUGAUGGUCCAGGAUUUCAACGGAAACUUACUCUUAGAUACACGGAUAACCUUUGGAGGAGUCGCCGGCUGCGGAUCCUUUGGCCGGCCAGCCGACGCAUGGAAAGACAUCAUGCUACAUUACUUCGACCUGAUUACCAUAUUCAGAUGGGUAGACGACAACUUAUUCGUCAAGAGUAUCGACUGUCGAACAAGCAUGGACGAUAUAGUCAAGAAAUCGACCGACCUAGGAGUCCUUACGAACACCACAAAGAACUCCCCUUUUCGAGACGAACAAAAAUUCAUCGGAUUCAUUUGGAACGGCGUAGAAAAGACAGUGCGCCUACCGAAGGAAAAGAUACUUAAACGGAUAUCUCAGGUCGAAGAGUUCUUAGAAAUUGGACGACUGGCAACAUACACGGACAUAGAGAUACUGGUAGGGCGACUAAACCACGUAACAUACAUACUGCCUCAACUCAGGUGCUAUCUAUGCGCGCUGUACGCCAUGCUAUGCGGAUGGAUAUUCCGAGAACGCUCUAGACCUUUAUCACCCGACGCUCUCCAAGACCUGUCGAUUUGGAACGAAACUCUUAGAAGUUUUGACAAAACGAGGCUCAUUAGGGCUCGAGGCGCAACAGAAAUCGGCUGGGUAGGAGACGCCAGCACAAGUUUCGGCAUCGGAGUCAUCAUCGGAUCAUUGUGGGCACAAUUUAAGCUCAAAAAGGGAUGGAGAAAGGUAGGCCAAUCCGUUCGCGGAAUUGCCUGGUUGGAAACAGUGGCGGUACGCUUAGGACUUAUGAUGCUGAAAGUGAUAGGGUUCCAGAAAGGUAAAACAUUCAUUGUAUGGACGGACAACACAACAUCAGAAGGAGUAAUCAAGCACAGGAAGUCCCAUGACGAGUCAGUCAACUCGGAAUGGAAGGUGAUACAGAACUUCCUUAUAGAGAACGACAUUGACAUCGUCGCAAAGAGAAUCCCCUCAGCUCUAAACAGAGCAGACAAGUUGUCUAGAGGAAUAAGAACAGAUAGAAUGGUGUACGACGAGAUUGAUGUAGAAGUUCCCCUAGACCUAAACGGUUCGUUGUUUCAGGUUUUAGGCGUCGAACUAUAG